UCCGUUUCAGAUUACUAUUGGUGCUGUUUCUGAGUCAAGGAAACAAAAACAUGUCCGUUAACUAGCAACAGCCACCGGCAGUCACCUCAACAAGUCGUCAAUUCGACCGACUGCUAUAUGAUUUCCAUCGCGUUAACGGCCGACAACCCAGAAAGAUGCCGCAGAAAGCACUGGGAUCCAUUGUAGGUCUUCUUUGUACCGGGACCUGUCUGGUGCAGGGGAAGGAGUUCUGUUUUGGGGUAAACAAUGAGCAGUACCGCUGUGAGAUGGGGUACUGCUGUGGAGAGACAGAGUGCUGCACCUACUACUACGAGCUCUGGUGGUUCUGGUUGGUAUGGACCUUGAUUAUCAUGCUUAGCUGCUGCUGUGCCUACCGACACCGGAGGGUUAAGAUGCGUCUUCAGCAGGAGCAACGUCAACGAGAGAUCAGCCUCAUGGCCUACCAGGGGGCCUCCAGCUCCUUCAUUUCUCCUCCGCCGCUCAAUCUAAGGUUCUGGAACGACUGUAAGCUUCCUGACUAUGAAGAGGUGGUAGGUCACCCCCCGACACCACCCCCUCCUUACUCUGAAAACCCUCCCGAGACUACUCCUGCACUCCCUCCACAAUUGAACCAGCCAGACGCUGCCAUGGUGCCACAACCGCCGGCUGAGGCCGACCCGAGGGCGGACGGUCAGGCCUCAGCCUCAUCAUCAGUCCAGGAAGCUGUGUCGGUGCCGAUUCAAGCACUGUGUCUGCCAGAGGAGAACGUGCAGGCUCCGUUGAUGGCGGCGGCGGAGGAGGCAGAGGAGGACGAGGAGCUCAUCACGCGGCGUCGCCACGUGACUGGUGACUCUGGGAUCGAGGUGUGCGUUUGCCAGCUGGACGUAGACGACGGCUCAGGGCUCGAGGAGGAGAGCGACGAGGAGCAGCGGAUGUGCAAGGUUACUGGUCGGGACUGCUGCUCCGGGCACCAGCAGCAGACCUUCAGACAGAAGGAGCACACCUCUGAGCUGCCCAGCCAGACCGCCAGCACCAGCACUGGGGACCACAUGGUGUGAUCCACAGCCCAACUAACCAGCCAACCAGUGUGGCUUUCUGCUUCACACAGGGUGAUACAAGAUAUCCGUUGCCAUCAUCACCACCACCAGGGACUGCCUGUGUUUUAAUUUCUUUGAACUAACACAUAGGCAUGACGUUAAGAAGAUGAUGAUGAUGAUAGCUAAUUCUUAAUGGCUCCUGAUUAAGAAAGACGAAUAACGCAUUGUGUGGACAAAACUCCUGGCUUAUUUUUUUUUUUGGCUUUGUUUUUCCUUAGCGGGGAAACCAGCAAACACAUUUUGAUGCUCCAUUUGCUAUGUUUUGUUUUUUUUUUCUUUUUUUUUUUCUUAGCAUCAAGUGAGAGAAUGUCAUCGGGUAGUAAGAAGGCAGCAAUUGAUUGUGAAUGAAACCCCUUGCUCCUACCCUUUCCUUGAGCACUGCUGUCAUGGUUCUGUUUCUGUCUCAACACCCUCCUUUGGUCAGAACAUUUUCGGCCAUCCUUCAUCUGACAUUUUAGCUCCGGUGGGAUGGUUUGCUAGGAGCAUACCAGCACGGUCAACAACAUUUCUCCCCCUAUCCCCGCUAUGAAUAAGCAGAGGAGUCAAAAACAAACCGCUUGAAAACUAAGGAUGAUCCUGGAUGAAUUGACAAGAGCACACAUUUUGUUUUUUCCCCCCAAAGCUGCAUAUGUGUGUGAGAAUUCGUGUGUGCGCUGUGAAAUAUAGGGCACAGCUGCAUGGUGAUGUCAGCUCUGAGGUCAUGGCAACCAGCGUCUGGUGUCCUCUGGUGUAAAGUCGGUGGGACUUGUCACAUCUAGAGUAGGGAGACUAUAUACAAAUAGCAGAGGAGAGAGAAAGGGAAGAGUUUGUUAUUUUUUUUUUUUCUGGGUUUUAAAUGUCAUACACCGCCCCUCUCCUCCUAAAGGCCCUUUUUUUUUCCUUUUUGAUAUCCAUACUGUGGUCACCAAUUCAACAUGACUGUAGGUAAUGAGUGACCGGCUUUUAAUGAUUUAUUGAUUGUGCGCACAUGAUCUCUCCACUUCGGUUUCUAACUGCAUUACAUUCAUAGUGAUAGCCAAGAGGGCUAUUUUUUUGAAUCCAUAAAAAGCCUUGUGGUGGCUCUGCAUUAGCAUGUUUUAUUUACCGUGUUAUGUCCGAGUAGUGGCGAGUGGUAAGCAUAUAGUUUUGGAUGUUCAUAGCGAAGGAUGUACUUGCUUUUGUCUUUUCAUGUCGUAACCAGCUAAUGCUUCAGUAAACGCCACAGGUGUCACUAUUAAUUGCAACAAAGCUCCUGACGGGGGGCUGCUAGGGUGUGUACUGGUGAGUGGAUGUUGUAGUGCAGUAGGGAAGGGUUGAGUCUUGUGUGUGUGUAAAUAUCUAGUGCUGUUGCUUCUGGUUGAGAAAUGUAUUCAGCACUAAGAUGGAUUAACUAUCAAAAGCACUGGUAUCUUGCAUGAGGCAUGAAUUUCUGUGACUAUUUUUGAGUUAUUAGCAUUUUCUUGUUGUGCUACUUGCUUUGCUAAUCUGUUGAUGUUGAAUGAUAGUGGGCUACAGUGGCUACACAACUGGGUACCCAGAUGUUGGGAUAAAGAAAUUGGUUUAGGUUUAGAUGCCCUGGAUGUAACUUCUUAGUUUGUUAUGACUGUGUGAGUCAUGCUGUGCUGUUAUGCAGUGCUGGUAGCUAGUUAGCUGGCGUUGUCUUGGCUCUCCGUGGUCCCCAUAGCUCUUUGCAGUGGUAUUUUCCAUUGGCAGCAGAGAGUGGGUGCAUAAGCAACUUGUGGUAGAUACAGGGCUUGCUCUACGGUCUAGUCAGUGUUGGCACAGCUGCAGAAUCUAUUGUGAUUAACUGCAUGCUUCUCUGCAUUCUGUGUCGCUUGCCCUAUAUACUGUAUGUAUUCGAAGCGUAGCAGUCUGGGUGUUGUCAGAUGGUAAAACCACCGCGAAACAAAGUCGUUAUUGGUUGCAAGACGAGCAACAACCGAUAGGUCAGUAAAUGUUUAAUUGAGUGUUUUGUUUGGAACAAUGUUCAACAACUUUAUAUUCGUCUGCUCUGAUACUGUGUGUCUAAAUGGGCACAGUGUAAAGACUCAGGCCGGUCAUUCCGCUUCGCACGUACGUAGAGUGCUGCUCCUGAUUGGGCUGUAUUAUUAUAAUGAUGUGACACUCAAUGGUGCAAUAUUCGGUUCAAGAUCAAUCCAAGCAAGGUGACGGUUUCCUAAAUACAGCGUUUUGGCUGAAUUGGCAGUUUAAACUUCCGCUUAUCGCUUAACAGACUCCAAACGUGUCGUGACAUUUUUAGAUACGGCUCUUGAGCUUAAUUAGUACAGUGUUUUAGCACUGAUUCUGACAAGGACACAAUUAGGAAAUUCUUAAAGUCUUGAAAAGACAUGACACUGAGUUCUGCACAUAAAUGUAUAAUAAUUUUAGGACCCACGCAGCGCAGUGGUCCGUUAAAGUGUUUCCUAUUUCCUCCCAACUACUGUAGCAGCAGCCCGGAGCUCUGUGUCUUUCUUGAAUUCUGUGAUCUACCAUUCGAGCUAAACUACCACACAGCAGUUUUUUUUUGCCCUGUUCUUUAAAUAGGCCUAAUCUCGCUGUUUUGCAGCAGUAGUGAAAGCUUUGUGGUCGUUGUGUUGCGUAGUUGAGCAGUUGCUUAAACGUAAAAGCUAACAUGACAAUGACCUUUUAAGAGAGGCUGUUGAGCAUGACGGCACACCCAUUAGCAGAAGUGAUAUCAGACUUUUUUUUCUUUUUUUUGACCAACACACCUCAAGCUGCCUUGCUGCGUCUCUAGAGAGCAAAUGUCUUGAUUAUGGAGCUGCACAAUAAAAUAUCGCCUCUAAAAUAUGUGCUACUGCCUUACUAGAGUAGAUUUAGUGAAGUGGUUUUGUUCUAAAAAUUCUUUUGAAUGAAAAUAUUUGCUUUUUUCCAAGCAUGAUUGCUUCAGAGCAGAGGAGCGCUUGUGUAUCAAUAGACAACGGCACCUGAGCUUGUUCUACUUGCUUUGUUCGAAGAGGAUGUGGUUUUAAAAACAUUUUAAAGCCACAAGAUUUAAACGGUCACGUGUUCUGUAGAGUCGUACUUGCAUUGGUUUUGUAUCUGAGGAGAGGUUGAGUUUAAAAUAAUGUGUGUCUAGUUAGUUGUGGCACUGAUGGAAUUUGUCAAGACCAGCGUUUGAGUUUGUGCUCGGGACCUGGUCGCAAUUAGUUUGUAGUAUGGUCUGACUCAUGAGGAAAAGUAUGAGGAAAAAUAGUUAAAAAAAAAAAAAAUCUAUUCUCAUUUUUGUUUUCUAUGAUUUUGUUGUUAUUAAUUCUAUUUGUGUGUUUGGAGGACAAAGCUUAACUCCAACACGAGACUGCUUUGUAAUCUUCUUGCAUUUUUUGCUUAUUUGUAUACAUAUGUAGACAAAGUAAUAGGGGAGGGGGGGACGAGGAAUGAGGGAAUAAUAAGGGGUUCUUUUGUGCAUGAGUGAACUGGAGGUCCAUAGUUUUCCCAUUGCCAAACAACUACUAUGCCUCCUAGGUUUUCACAUGUUUACUGAGAUUAAGGGCUAUAUCAGUCAUCAAUCGUGUGUUGUACUGACAAACAUCCAUCCAUCCAUUUUAUCGAGUGACUCGUCUGCUCUGUGCUGUUUAUUUAAAGCCACAGUUGCCGAGGUCCACUAUCUGAAUGGUCAGACAUCUGCAAUGUGAACAUGGUCAGUGUUUUGGAUUUGGAUGUCUUUUUUUUUUUUUUAUGUUGUGGUGGAGCUCAUAUUUAACAACAGCUGAUUGUAUAUGACUGUGUACGUUUUGUUUUAUAGGCUUUAACUUUGCCUUUUUGUUUUGUCAAGCUCAACAGAGGUGCGUGAUGCGACAUCCCUCCAUCCCCCCACCCUGCCCAAUGAGAACCAUUAUUCCUUAUGUAACCGGCUGCAUGUGUGGUUGUGAUGGGAGGUUUUGACUUUGGCUCUUUUGUGGACCGCGACUCCACCAGGCUCCGUCUUGCUAACAAACUGUAGCCAGCGUUGUAGCUGUUUUUAUGUUUUUAUUUCUUUUACCCAGCUGCACCGCUCUGCCCGUGGACCCUUGGAAAACAGGCGGGCACAUCCACUCACGGAGAAGUGUCGACAGAAUAAUCAACCAAAGUUGCUGCCGUCUCCAUGCUACACAGAUCAUCACUGUUUUCCCCAGUGUGUGUGUGCGUGUGUGUGUAUAAAUGUGUGUGUGGUUGUCAUGGCGAUGGUCUGUUUGCUUUCCCACUCUCAGGGUUAUCUUUAACGAGCAGUGCUAGAGUUUGAAAUGAACACAUCUUUGACCCACCAGUCACAUAAAGCCAAAGCAGUUGUUUUAUGGUAAUUGUCUCCCCCUUUGUUGUCUGAUGUUAAUUCUGCAUCACGCACCUCUGUUAGUGUAUUGUACUUUACUCAACUAGGCUAUGCAAAAACAUAAACCUACUGUUAUAUGCUGCGACCGUUUCUCACGUUCUCUGUGUUUUUGUCUGUGGGCACCAGUACAAGCAAUAUAACUCAGUACAUGUGGCACUGUACUGUAAUCUACUUUUGUUGGUGUGUGUGUAUUUGUUUAAGAAAACUUGGGGAAAAAAAAUACUUGUAAUGCUACUAUAAUAAUGUGCUGAGUAUGUAUGCGUCAGUGUCAACUGAGGGGGCUUGAGUUAAAAAGCCAUUCUAGUUUAUAGACUUUUUUUCUUCUAUUAGUGAUUUUCUGCUUGCUUCCUCAACCACUAACACUUUCUACUUCUGGAUAAACCACAUUAUUAAGUUGUGUAAGCCGAAGAAAGAAGUUGAAUAUUUUGUUUUUGUUGGAUGAAUUCAUGUUUGGUCAUAUUUGGUCCAUUUGACACUUUCCCAUCCCUCGUUUUCGUUGCACUAAUUCAAUGUGUUGGUUUUCUCAGUUUAAGCAGAAACUUUCUUCUUUAUUCAUCUUGAUGAAUUUUCACUUACUGAAUAUUUAACGGUUGCCUUUUAAUCCUCAGUUAUUACACCAUCAAUUUCAAACGUUUUAUAUAUUAUACACAUGAAAGACCUCAACAUGGAACACAGUCAGCGUACAUUAGACCAGGACACAUUUGUGUACUUCAGAAUACUUUGUGGACACUCUGAACUUGUGAAAGGAACAGCAUUAUCAGUAUGGUUCCUUCUGUUAAACAACCUUUUCUCAUUUUUUUCCUCAACCAUAGAUAAUACCAAACAGAUGGAGGUCUCAUGGUUGAGCCAUGUGGGUUAUUUUUUUUUUUUUUUGCCAAAAUGAGAAACAUCCUAGUUUGAGAAGUAGGAAGGCAACUACAGUACAAAACAGACCAGACUGUCUACAUUUUUUUGUCCUAAUAACUUCAAACAAGCCAAAAUGAGUAAAGUGGAAAAAGAGGAAAAAAAUUAAAGCACUGAAUGAUAGAUAAAAUGCUUUGUUUUUAGUAAGAAGUCUGCUGUGUACUCGUUGGGUCAUCAUUUGUAUUUUAUUUUUUUAAUAAAACAAACAUUGGCACUCAA